CACCAAAGGUCGCUUGCGACCAUGAAUAUUCAUAUCCCCAUUUGCGGCAGUGGUGUCGGUUGACAUUUCUACCCUAAUAUCGCUUUUGCCUUCCAUUCCGUUUUCUUCUCGCCACCAAAGUUUUGAUUUCUUUCCAUUCAUCGCCUUUAGUGAUUCAGCCCGAGAUUUGAGAAGAAAAGGGACAUGCAGUUUUUCUGCGGACGGCGUUUCUGGUACGAACAGCAACAGGUAGCUAGGCGGGAUAAUUAGUCGGGGAAAGGGCUGCGCCUUUUGACGUGCCUGGCUGCUGCUUCGCUGUGAGAGAUUUCUGCCAAUGGAGAUGAGAAUUCUACUCAUGGCGACGCUGAUGCUUGGAACUGGGGUGAUGGCAGCGCAUGGGAGAGGCGCCUAUCACCAGACCGUCAAUCUGUUGGACCACUGUGGAAAGACCGUUCCACUGGGAAAAACCGGACACAUCCGGUGGAACGGCUCGACUGACCAGCGCAACUGCGUGGUCAUCCUGCGCGCAGAGCCUGAACAGAAGGUUGUGCUCCAGUUCCUAGCCAUGGACAUCCGCCAGCCCGGCAGCAACGUCACCUCCGACGUGUGCACCACCAACAGGCUCGACAUCUACAACGGCAACUACGAGGACCCCUUCGCCUCCUACGACAGGAAAGUCUGCAGCAUGUCCAGAGACUUCAUCUCAGCCAAGAGUAACAUCUCUCUGCACCUCACCACCAACUCGUCCGGACAAGGAAGCUUUGACAUCAUGUUCACCACUUACUACUUCAGCCCAUCCGGCCACUGCCCUCAAGGCGACUUCUUCAAGUGUUCGAACGACCGCUGCAUUGACUCCAGCCUGACGUGUGACGGCUACCACAACUGUGGUAGUGAUGACGUCAGCGAUGAGUCACACUACCAGAACGAGGCAAGGUGCCCAGAACCCGGGAUUCAUCUGACGUUUGCGGAAAUCAUGGGGAUCGCCAUCGGCAGCUUCGUCCUGCUGGCAGUGUGCGGACUGUGCUGCUACGUGUUUGUGUUCAAGGGAUGCGGACAGACGCGAGCGUCGCGCUUCAACCGCCGCUCUCGCCGAAGACCCGACCGGACCAGCCAGGGAGACAUCGCCAUGACCCCGCUAACUAGUCUACAGGAGGUCCGCCACAAGGAUGGCAGGAGUUCUGCGCACACCGUGUCGUCCCACCGAAGCGGGCCGGUGCAGGCCGCCUGCGCCCCCGAGAAGAAGUCGCCCACCCUGCCGCCCAAGCCCAUCGUCAUGGGCGCCGUCAGUAAGAGCAUCCCGCUGGAGAUAGUGGACAUAUCCGACAAGAGUUCCUUACAUAGUGUACAACAAGACACAGGCACGAUGGCGACCGCAGACGACAUCGCGGCUCUGAAGGCGACCGUCGCGUCACUGUCCAAGAUGAUGGAAGAACAGAAGAAGCAGAUGGAGGACAUCCGGUCUUUGAUCAAGGAUGUUUCCAUCAAGACGGGGAAGAGUUUCGGGUUCAAGGCCACGAUGAAAUCUGCGAUGACGUCGAUCAGUAAAAAGAUGGAAUUGGAGAAGGCUGCAGUGGAGGCAAGGAUGACAGCAAUCACAGAAACCAUUUCUAAAUUCUCCGUUUUCGCGAGCAGUACCACCACUGUAGUGAUGACCAGCUCAACCGAGCUCAGCGAGAAGACCAGCAUCACUCGGGCCAAGUUCUCAUGCGUAGAGACGGCGACUGAGGCGGGAGCCUGGUGUGCUAAAGUGAACGACGACAAACAGUUCCUUCUCAUCGACCUGGAGUCAGCCCAGCUGGUCACCGGGAUUGUCACACAGGGGAGGAACUCCAGUCCAGACUGGCCGGACGGACCUACACAGCAGUGGGUAACGUCGUACAAAAUCUCCUACGGUCUGGAAAAUGGAGACGAGACGGAGUACAAGAAGGCCAAUGGAGAAGCUUUGAUCUUCAAGGGAAAUGCCGACACCGACACGCCAGUGAGUCAUGCCUUAAAGACCUACAACGGCACCUUCACUGCGCGGUUCAUCAAGAUCCACAUGGUCAGCUGGCACGAGCACAUCGCCAUGCGGGCAGAAAUCAUCAUAGAGGGCGAAACGAAGAAACAGGAGGUUGAGAAGGCCGAAGUCGAAGCGAAGAUGACAACCAUCGCAGAAUCAGUUUCCAAGUACUCCUCCUUUGCCAGCAGCACCAUCACGGUCGUCAUGACAACGUCUACGGAACUUAGCGUCCAGACCUCCGUCACUCGGGCCAAGUUCUCAUGUGUAGAGACGGCGACUGAGGCGGGAGCCUGGUGUGCUAAAGUGGACGACGACAAACAGUUCCUUAUCAUCGACCUGGAGUCAGCCCAGCUGGUCACCGGGAUCGUCACACAGGGGAGGAACUCCAGUCCAGACUGGCCGGACGGACCUACACAGCAGUGGGUAACGUCGUACACCCUGUCGUACGGACUGGAGAAUGGAGACGAGACAGAGUACAAGGACGCAAAGGGAGAACUUCUGGUGUUCAAAGGCAACGUGGACACGGACACACCUGUGACACACUCCUUAAAGACGUACAACGGCACCUUCACGGCUCGGUACAUCAAGAUCCAUGUGCUCACCUGGCACGAGCACAUCGCAAUGAGGGCUGACGUGAUUAUAGAAGAUGAAACGAAGAAGCUGGAGGUUCAGGUAAUGGAAGUGGAAACAAAGAAGACCGUCAUCGCAGAAUCAAUCUCUGUGACUUCCGUGUUUGCCAGCAGUACCACCACUGUAGUGAUGACCAGCUCAACCGAGCUCAGCGAGAAGACCAGCAUCACCCGGGCCAAGUUCUCAUGCUUAGAGACGGCGACUGAGGCGGGGGCCUGGGUUGCAGCUACAGACGACGACAAACAGUUCCUUCUCAUCGACCUGGAGUCAGCCCAGCUGGUCACCGGGAUCGUGACACAGGGGAGGAACUCCAGUCCAGACUGGCCGGACGGACCCACACAGCAGUGGGUAACAUCGUACAAGAUCUCCUACGGUCUGGAGAAUGGAGACGAGACGGAGUACAAGAAUUCUAAGGGAGAGGCUGUGAUAUUCAAGGCAAACGUCGACACCGACACUCCUGUGAGCCACUCAUUGAAAACGUACAGCGGCACGUUCACAGCGAGGUACAUCAAGAUCCACAUUCUGACCUGGCACGAACAUAUCGCAAUGAGGGCGGACAUCAUUAUUGAAGACGAGUCAAAGAUACUGGUUAAGAAAGAAGAGGAGAAGACAGUCAUUGCAGAAACCGUGACAGAGACAUCAGUGAUGGCGAGCAGCAGCAUCUCAGUGGUCGUCACCACCUCCACGGAGAUAGACGUCCGCUACACCGUCACCCAGGCCAAGUUCGGCGUCGUGGAGACCAAAGACGAAGCCGGAGCCUGGUGUGCCGCUACAAACGACGACAAACAGUUCCUUCUUAUCGACUUGGAGCAGGAGAAGCUCGUCACCGGGAUCGUUACACAAGGCAGAAACUCCAGUCCAGACUGGCCGGACGGACCGACUAGCCACUGGGUAACGUCAUACACCUUAACCUACGGUGUAGAAAAUGGAGACGAAAGCGAGUACAAGGACAAGAAAGGAGAACUUCUGGUUUUCAAAGGCAACUCGGACACAGACACGCCUGUUACCCAUCCCCUGAAACAGUUCGACGGGCAUUUUAAAGCUCGCUUCGUCAAGAUUCACCCCGUCAGCUGGAAUGGCCACAUUUGCAUGAGGGCAGACGUGAUAGUCGAGGAUGAGGCAAAGAAGGAAAUAAAGGAGCUGGCCAAAAAGGAGGAAACAAUGACAGCAAUCGCUGAGACCGUCACAGAAACGUCGGUCAUAGCAAGUAGCAGUAUUUCGGUUGUUGUUACUACUUCCACGGAGCUGGACGUCCGCUACACCGUCACCCAGGCCAAGUUCGGCGUCGUGGAGACCAAAGACGAAGCCGGGGCCUGGUGUGCCGCUACAAACGACGACAAACAGUUCCUUCUUAUCGACUUGGAGCAGGAGAAGCUCGUCACCGGGAUCGUUACGCAAGGCAGAAACUCCAGUCCAGACUGGCCGGACGGACCGACUAGCCACUGGGUGACGUCGUACACCUUAACCUACGGUGUAGAGAAUGGAGACGAAAACGAGUACAAGGACAAGAAAGGAGAACUUCUGGUCUUCAAAGGCAACAAAGAUACAGACAGCCCAGUGACCCAUUCAUUUGCAACUUUCAACGGCCCCUUCAAAGCACGAUUUGUCAAGAUCCAUCCAGUUACAUGGAAUGAUCACAUCUGCAUGAGGGCUGACAUGAUCGUCGAAGAUGAGGCUAAAAAGGCGAUAAAGGAAGUAGCGAAGAAGGAGGAAACUAUGACAGUCAUCGCGGAAAGUGUGACAGAAACAUCCAUUAUGGCAACUUCCAGCAUCAGUGUCUCCGUGACCACCUCCACGGAGAUAGACGUCCGCUACACCGUCACCCAGGCCAAGUUCGGCGUCGUGGAGACCAAAGAUGAAGCCGGAGCCUGGUGUGCCGCUACAAACGACGACAAACAGUUUCUUCUCAUAGACUUGGAGCAGGAGAAGCUCGUCACCGGGAUCGUCACACAAGGCAGAAACUCCAGUCCAGACUGGCCGGACGGACCGACAAGCCACUGGGUGACGUCAUACACCUUAACCUACGGUGUAGAGAAUGGAGACGAAAACGAGUACAAGGACAAGAAAGGAGACCUCUUGGUUUUCAAGGGCAACAAGGACACAGACACCCCAGUAACCCACCCGUUCCAACAGUUCAACGGACCGUUCAAGGCUCGCUACGUGAAGAUUCAUCCAGUCACGUGGAACGACCAUAUCUGCAUGAGGGCUGACCUCAUCGUCGAAGAUGAGGCAAAGAAGGAAGUCAAAGAGAUAGCAAAGAAGGAAGAAGAGAAGGUUGUCAUCGCCGAAAGCGUCACGGAAACUUCUGUCAUGGCAAGCAGCAUCACCAUGGUUUCUGUCACGACUUCCACGGAGAUAGACGUCCGCUACACCGUCACCCAGGCCAAGUUCGGCGUCGUGGAGACCAAAGACGAAGCCGGAGCCUGGUGUGCCGCUACAAACGACGACAAACAGUUCCUUCUUAUCGACUUGGAGCAGGAGAAGCUCGUCACCGGGAUCGUUACACAAGGCAGAAACUCCAGUCCAGACUGGCCGGACGGACCGACUAGUCACUGGGUGACGUCGUACACACUCUCCUACGGACUGGAGAAUGGAGACGAGAACAAAUACAUGGACAAGAAGGGAGAACUUAAGAUCUUUAAAGGUAACAAAGAUACAGAUACACCUGUUACCCAUAGCUUUGCGGAGUUCAGCGGGCCAUUCAACGCUCGCUUCGUCAAGAUACAUCCGGUCACAUGGAACGACCAUAUCUGCAUGAGGGCGGACAUGAUUGUAGAGGACGCGGCGAAAAAGGCAGCAAAAGAAAUAGUGAAGAAAGAAGCGACAAUGACGACAAUCGCGGAGACGGUCACCGAAACGUCUGUCAUGGCAAGUAGCAGCAUCACAGAGGUCAUCACGACUUCCACGGAGAUAGACGUCCGCUACACCGUCACCCAGGCCAAGUUCGGCGUCGUGGAGACCAAAGACGAAGCCGGAGCCUGGUGUGCCGCUACAAACGACGACAAACAGUUCCUUCUUAUUGACUUGGAGCAGGAGAAGCUCGUCACCGGGAUCGUGACACAAGGCAGAAACUCCAGUCCAGACUGGCCGGACGGACCGACUACCCAGUGGGUGACGUCAUACACCCUGUCGUAUGGUGUAGAGAAUGGAGACGAGAAUGAGUACAAGGACAAGACAGGGGCUCUUAAGGUAUUCAAGGGCAACGUGGAUACAGACACCCCCGUUAUCCAUAAUCUUGCACAAUUCAACGGGAAUUUCACGGCUCGCUAUGUGAAAAUCCACCCGGUCACGUGGAACGACCACAUCUGCAUGAGAGCGGAUGUCAUAGUGGAAGACGAGGCGAAGAAAGACCUUAAAGAAAUCGCCAAGAAAGAAGAGACGAUGGUGACAAUCGCCGAGAGCGUCACGGAAACAUCGGUGAUCGCAAGCAGCAUCACCAUGGUUUCUGUCACCACCUCCACGGAGAUAGACGUCCGCUACACCGUCACCCAGGCCAAGUUCGGCGUCGUGGAGACCAAAGACGAAGCCGGAGCCUGGUGCGCCGCUACAAACGACGACAAACAGUUCCUUCUUAUCGACUUGGAGCAGGAAAAGCUCGUCACCGGGAUCGUGACACAAGGCAGAAACUCCAGUCCAGACUGGCCGGACGGACCGACUAGCCACUGGGUCACGUCGUACACCUUAACCUACGGUGUAGAAAAUGGGGACGAAAACGAGUACAAGGACAAGAAAGGAGAGCUUCUGGUAUUCAAGGGAAACAAGGACAGGGAUACUCCGGUUACCCACAACUUUGCGACUUUUAACGGGCAUUUCACAGCACGUUAUGUGAAGAUUCAUCCUGUUACCUGGAAUGACCACAUCUGCAUGAGAGCUGAGCUCGUCGUUGAAGACGAGGUGAAAAAACAGAUAAAGGAGGUAGCAAAGAAAGAGGAACAAAUGACCGUCAUUGCCGAGACCGUGACAGAGAGUUCAGUCAUGGCGAGCACAAGCACAACGGUCUCUGUCACCACCUCCACGGAGAUAGACGUCCGCUACACCGUCACCCAGGCCAAGUUCGGCGUCGUGGAGACCAAAGACGAAGCCGGAGCCUGGUGUGCCGCUACAAACGACGACAAACAGUUCCUUCUUAUCGACUUGGAGCAGGAGAAGCUCGUCACCGGGAUCGUGACACAAGGCAGAAACUCCAGUCCAGACUGGCCGGACGGACCGACUAGUCACUGGGUGACGUCAUACACCCUGUCCUACGGAGUGGAGAAUGGAGAUGAAAACGAGUACAAGGACAAGGCAGGAGCUCUGAAAAUUUUCAAAGGCAACAAGGACACAGACACACCUAAUACCAACAACUUUGCGGAAUUCAACGGCCCAUUCAAAGCAAGAUAUGUCAAGAUCCACCCUAUGACAUGGAAUGAUCAUAUCUGCAUGAGGGCCGACCUCAUCGUCGAAGACGAGGUAAAGAAGGAAUUAAAGGCAGUUGCAAAGAAGGAGGAGGAGAAGACCGUCAUCGCUGAAAGCGUGACCGAAACUUCUGUUAUGGCAAGCAGCAGCAUCACAGUCUCAGUAACGAGUUCCACGGAGAUAGACGUUCGCUACACCGUCACCCAGGCCAAGUUCGGCGUCGUGGAGACCAAAGACGAAGCCGGAGCCUGGUGUGCCGCUACAAACGACGACAAACAGUUCCUUCUUAUCGACUUGGAGCAGGAGAAGCUCGUCACCGGGAUCGUGACACAAGGCAGAAACUCCAGUCCAGACUGGCCGGACGGACCGACAAGCCACUGGGUCACGUCGUACACCUUAACAUACGGUGUAGAGAAUGGAGACGAAAACGAGUACAAGGACAAGGCAGGAGCUCUUAAAGUUUUCAAGGGCAACAAGGACACAGACAGUCCCGUCACCCACAACUUUGCAGAAUUCAAUGGACCGUUUAAGGCACGCUACGUCAAGAUACACCCCGUCACGUGGAACGAUCACAUCUGCAUGAGGGCUGACAUGAUUGUGGAGGACGAGGCAAAGAAAGCAGUAAAGGAAGUAGCAAAGAAAGAAGAGCAGAUGACCGUCAUUGCCGAAAGUGUCACGGAAACGUCCACUAUGUCCAUGUCUAUGUCCAGCUCAAGCACAACGGUCUCUGUCACCACCUCCACGGAGAUAGACGUCCGCUACACCGUCACCCAGGCCAAGUUUGGCGUCGUGGAGACCAAAGACGAAGCCGGAGCCUGGUGUGCCGCUACAAACGACGACAAACAGUUCCUUCUUAUCGACUUGGAGCAGGAGAAGCUCGUCACCGGGAUCGUUACACAAGGCAGAAACUCCAGUCCAGACUGGCCGGACGGACCGACUAGCCACUGGGUGACGUCAUACACACUGUCCUAUGGAGUGGAGAAUGGCGACGAGAACGAGUACAAGGACGCCAACGGAGAAUUGAAAACAUUCCAGGGCAACAAAGACAGGGAUACUCCGGUGACGCACAACUUUGCAAAGUUCAGUGGACCCUUCAAAGCGCGCUACGUGAAGAUCCACCCCGUCACUUGGAACGACCACAUCUGCAUGAGGGCGGACAUGAUAGUAGAGGAUGAGGUCAAAAAGGAAGUAAAGGAGAUCGCUAAGAAGGAAGAGCAGAUGAUAGUUAUUGCGGAAAGCGUCACCGAAACUUCGGUCAUUGCCAGUAGUGUCGUCGCGGUUUCAGUGACCACUUCGACAGAAAAGGACGUCCGCUACACCGUCACUCAAGCCAAGUUCGGCGUCGUGGAGACCAAAGACGAAGCCGGAGCCUGGUGUGCAGCUACAAACGACGACAAACAGUUCCUUCUUAUCGACUUGGAGCAGGAGAAGCUCGUCACCGGGAUCGUGACACAAGGCAGAAACUCCAGUCCAGACUGGCCGGACGGACCCACAAGCCACUGGGUCACGUCGUACACCUUAACAUACGGUGUAGAAAAUGGAGACGAAAACGAGUACAAGGAUGCAAAAGGAGAGCUAAAAGUCUUCAAGGGUAACAAUGAUACAGACAGCCCGGUGACCCACAACUUCGCGCAGUUCAACGGCCCUUUCAACGCACGCUUCAUCAAGAUACAUCCUGUCACAUGGAACGAACAUAUAUGCAUGAGGGCAGACAUGAUCGUUGAAGAUCCGGUAAAGAAGGAAAUGAAGAAAGUGGCCAAGAAAGAAGAGCAGAUGACAGUCAUUGCUGAAUCCGUCACGGAAACGUCCGUCAUUGCAAGCAGCAGUGUCACUGUGUCUGUCACCACCUCCACGGAGAUAGACGUCCGCUACACCGUCACCCAGGCCAAGUUCGGCGUCGUGGAGACCAAAGACGAAGCCGGAGCCUGGUGUGCCGCUACAAACGACGACAAACAGUUCCUUCUUAUCGACUUGGAGCAGGAGAAGCUCGUCACCGGGAUCGUGACACAAGGCAGAAACUCCAGUCCAGACUGGCCGGACGGACCGACAAGCCACUGGGUCACGUCGUACACCUUAACCUACGGUGUAGGAAAUGGAGACGAAAACGAGUACAAGGACGCCAAGGGAGAACUUCUGGUCUUCAAAGGCAACAAAGACAGGGACACCCCCGUAACCCACAACUUUGCAAAGUACAAUGGGCAUUUCAACGCUCGUUUUGUGAAGAUUCAUCCCGUGACGUGGAAUGACCACAUCUGUAUGCGAGCUGACAUGAUUGUUGAGGACGCAAAGAAGAAAGAAGUUAAGGAGGUUGCAAAGAGGGUGGAAACAAUGACAGCUAUUGCUGAAACCGUGACAGAGACGUCUGUCAUGGCAAGCUCAAGCAUCACUGUGUCUGUCACCACCUCAACCGAGUUGGACGUCCGCUACACCGUCACCCAGGCCAAGUUCGGCGUCGUGGAGACCAAAGACGAAGCCGGAGCCUGGUGCGCCGCUACAAACGACGACAAACAGUUCCUUCUUAUCGACUUGGAGCAGGAGAAGCUCGUCACCGGGAUCGUGACACAAGGCAGAAACUCCAGUCCAGACUGGCCGGACGGACCCACAAGCCACUGGGUCACGUCAUUCACACUAUCGUAUGGGGUGGAAAACGGAGACGAGACAAAAUACAUGGACAAGAAAGGAGAACUAAAGGUCUUCAAAGGCAACACUGAUACAGACACUCCAGUAACAAACAACUUCGCUCAGUUCAACGGACCGUUCAAAGCUCGAUACGUCAAGAUCCAUCCGGUCACAUGGAAUGAUCACAUCUGUAUGCGAGCAGACAUGGUCGUUGAAGAUGAAAAGAAGAAGGAGGUAAAGGAGAUCGCAAAGAAGGAAGAGCAGAUGACAGUUAUUGCCGAAAGCGUGACGGAAACAUCUGUCGUCGCCAGCAGCAGUAUUUCUGUCGUCGUCACCACUUCGACAGAAAAGGACGUCCGCUACACCGUCACCCAGGCCAAGUUCGGCGUCGUGGAGACCAAAGACGAAGCCGGGGCCUGGUGUGCCGCUACAAACGACGACAAACAGUUCCUUCUUAUCGACUUGGAGCAGGAGAAGCUCGUCACCGGGAUCGUGACACAAGGCAGAAACUCCAGUCCAGACUGGCCGGACGGACCGACUAGCCACUGGGUCACGUCGUACACGCUGUCCUACGGUGUAGAAAAUGGGGACGAGAACGAGUACAAGGACAAGAAAGGAGAAUUGAAGGUGUUCAAGGGGAACAAAGACACCGACAGUCCAGUGACCCACAACUUUGCGGAGUUCAGCGGCCCUUUUAAAGCACGUUUUGUCAAGAUUCACCCCGUUACAUGGAACGAGCAUAUCUGCAUGCGAGCGGACAUGAUCGUUGAAGAUGAGGUCAAAAAGCAACUGAAAGAGGUGGCCAAAAAGGAAGAGCAGAUGACAGUCGUCGCAGAAAGUGUCACCGAGACGUCCGUCAUUGCGAGUACCACAUCCACAGUCAUAGUAACCACUUCAACUGAAAAGGACGUCCGCUACACCGUCACCCAGGCCAAGUUCGGCGUCGUGGAGACCAAAGACGAAGCCGGAGCCUGGUGUGCCGCUACAAACGACGACAAACAGUUCCUUCUUAUCGACUUGGAGCAGGAGAAGCUCGUCACCGGGAUCGUGACACAAGGCAGAAACUCCAGUCCAGACUGGCCGGACGGGCCGACAAGCCACUGGGUCACGUCAUACACUUUAACCUACGGUGUAGAAAAUGGGGACGAAAACGAGUACAAGGACAAGAAGGGAGAACUGAAAGUUUUCAAGGGCAACGAAGAUACGGAUUCGCCAGUCACCCACAACUUUGCGAAAUUCAGCGGACCGUUCAAGGCACGCUACGUCAAGAUACACCCAGUCACGUGGAACGACCAUAUCUGCAUGAGGGCCGACAUGAUUGUCGAGGACGACUUCAAUGGACCAUUUAACGCGCGCUUUGUUAAGAUACACCCCGUGACUUGGAACGACCAUAUCUGCAUGAGAGCCGACAUGAUUGUGGAAGACGAAAUAAAGAAACAGGUAAAGGAAGUUGUUCAACAAGACAAAAAGAUGACAGCUAUCGCCGAGAGCGUGACCGAAACAUCCGUCAUGGCAAGCAGCAGCAUAACGGUCUCUGUCACCACUUCCACCGAGAUAGACGUCCGCUACACCGUCACCCAGGCCAAGUUCGGCGUCGUGGAGACCAAGGACGAAGCCGGAGCCUGGUGUGCCGCUACAAACGACGACAAACAGUUCCUUCUUAUCGAUUUGGAGCAGGAGAAGCUCGUCACCGGGAUCGUGACACAAGGCAGAAACUCCAGUCCAGACUGGCCGGACGGACCGACAAGCCACUGGGUGACGUCAUACACCUUAACCUAUGGUGUAGAAAAUGGGGACGAAAACGAGUACAAGGACGACAAAGGAGAACUUUUGGUUUUCACCGGCAACACCGAUAGAGACACUCCGGUGACCCAGAGUUUUGACAAGUUUGUUGGGCCGUUCAACGCACGGUUUGUCAAGAUUCACCCCGUGACGUGGAAUGACCACAUCUGCAUGAGAGCAGACAUGAUUGUUGAAGAUGCGGCAAAGAAGGAAGUAAAGGAGGUUGCUAAGAGAGAAGAAAAAAAGACCGUUAUCGCACAGUCGAUAUCUGAAACGUCCGUCAUGGCAAGUAGUACCACCACGGUCUCUGUCACCACCUCUACCGAGAUAGACGUCCGCUACACCGUCACCCAGGCCAAGUUCGGCGUCGUGGAGACCAAAGACGAGGCCGGAGCCUGGUGUGCCGCUACAAACGACGACAAACAAUUCCUUCUUAUCGACUUGGAGCAGGAGAAGCUCGUCACCGGGAUCGUGACACAAGGCAGAAACUCCAGUCCAGACUGGCCGGACGGACCGACUAGCCACUGGGUCACGUCGUACACCUUAACCUACGGUGUAGAAAAUGGAGACGAAAACGAGUACAAGGACAAAGCAGGAGAACUUCAGGUAUUCCCUGGUAACAAGGACACAGACACCCCUGUGACUCAUGACCUCCUGAAGUUCAACGGGUCUUUCAAGGCGCGUUACGUGAAGAUCCACCCAGUCACGUGGAACGACCACAUCUGCAUGAGGGCUGACCUGGUCGUCGAGGAUGAGAUCAAGAAACAGGCCAUGGAAGUGGCCGUCAAGGAAGAAAGGAUGGCAGCGAUUGUAGAAACUGUUACAGAGACCUCCGUGAUGGCUAGCAGCAGCAUCACAGUUGUUGUAACAAGUUCUACAGAGAUAGAUACCCGCUACACCGUCAGCCAGGCCAAGUUUGGAGUCGUUGAGACCAAAGACGUAGCCGGAGCCUGGUGUGCCGCUACAAACGACGACAAACAGUUUCUGCUCAUCGACUUGGAUAGCGAGCAGUUUGUCACCGGCAUCGUUACACAAGGCAGAAACUCCAGUCCAGACUGGCCGGACGGACCGACUACCCAGUGGGUGACGUCAUACACCCUGUCCUACGGAGUGGAGAAUGGAGACGAAAACGAGUACAAGGACAAGAAAGGAGAACUGUUGGUGUUCAAGGCUAACGAAGACACGGACACACCAGUCACCCACUCCUUUGCUGAUUUUAACGGACCAUUCAAAGCUCGUUAUGUGAAGAUCCACCCUGUCACAUGGUACGACCACAUCUGCAUGCGCGCUGAGAUGAUCGUGGAGGAUGAGCAGAAAAAGCUUGAAGUGUCACAGAUCAAGACGGAGGCCAUCACGACGUCAAUCACCGUGAACGUUUCCAUGGUUACCGUCGUGGCAACCGUGACGUCAUCAGAGAUGAGUGCCCACCACGCCGUGUCCUACUCCAAGCUGGAAUGCGUGGAAACGGCGACGGAGGCCGGAGCCUGGGUCGCCAAGACAAACGACGAGAAGCAGUUCCUUCUCAUCGACCUUGGGAGCAAGAAGAUUGCCACCGAAAUCAUCACUAAAGGCAGAAACUCCAACCCUAACGGACCUGACGGAGAGACCGCCCAGUGGGUGACGUCAUACACCAUCUCGUACGGCAUAGAGAACGGAGAUGAGACAGAAUACAAGGACGAGAACGGACAGUUGGUGGUGUUCGAAGGGAACGUGGACCGAGACUCCGCCGUCGUCCAUUCCUUCGCAGAGUACAGCGGAACUUUCUACGCGCGCUUUGUCAAGAUUCACCCGGUCACCUGGCACGAGCACAUCGCCAUGCGAGCGGAGAUAGUGUGUGACGAUGGAUGUUGGAUCGGCCGUGAACCACCAUGGGUUAUCGAGUCUUCCGGCACAGCAGAGGAGAAGGACGGCGUGAAAUGCGAGGCAGCAAACGUCCUGGACCCCGUCGCGGGGUUAUACUGGUCUCCUACGGUGGACGUCAAGACCCACUACAACAGCAAAAAGCCACAGGAGUUCGGCUGCUUCUCCGGAACGGCACGGUACUGGCGACUUCUCGUCACCAGUACUCACGAAGGAGCUCAGCCGAACCUUGCAAACGUCGACUUCUUUGGCUCAAAGGGUGAGUGGUUCGUCCAGCAUCCACCGACUGCCAUCGAGGCAUCGGGUACACCAGUGGAAGAAGAAGGCGUCCUGUACGAUGCCAACAAGACCCUGGUUGCCAGUACUAAAACCUACUGGAAAACCAAUGACGCACCGGCCAUCAAGGAAUGGUACAUCGUCUACGACUUCAGGAUGGCGUUUACCAUUAGCAAGAUCAGCAUCACCAACUUCGGGGACAAGUCGCACGACGUGAAGGCGUUCACGCUCCAGACGUCUGCCACAGCAGAGCCGUACGAGUGGACCGACGUCAAGACGUUCUCUGACGUGGUAGCGGAAAGCAAGGACGGCCAAGUGUUCGGGGACUUCACAGGAGAGGGCCGGUACUGGAGGCUGCUUGUCACCGAGACACACGGAGGUGCACAGCCCUACAUUGUGCAGGUGAAGUUCUUCGGCUGGGCAGAUAAAGAAGACAGGUUCGUCCACGUGAGGUCAAGCCAGCUGACGAGCUUUGUGAAAGAAAACUGGACCUACAAAAUGAAGAUCGUGGAGCUGGAGACCAAGCUAGCAGUGUCAACUGAAGCAGGGGAAAUCGCAGAAACCACGAAUCUAAAGGCUGACAAUGAGACUGGAGAGAAAGAGAAAAAGGAAGAUGCACGAGCGAAGGAAACCGAAAAGGACAAGGAUACGAAGGAAGACGAUAAGAAAGAUGAAGCAGAGAAAGAUGUAGUUGAUGGAACUGAGAAGACCGAAGUCACUGUGAAAGAAGAGACUACGGUAGUUGAGGAAACCGAGAAGACCGAGGUUAGUAUGAAUAAGGAGACUACUGUAAUGGAGGAAACCCAGGUUACAAUGAAAGAGGAGAAAUCUGUAGUCCAGGAAACUGAGAAGACCGAAGUUACUGAAAAAGAGGAGACUGCCGUAGUCGAGGAAAAGAAGACGACAGAGGUUGCUCAGAAAGAAGAGACAUCUGUAGUCGAGGAAACCAAGACGACUGAGUUUGCUCAGAAAGAAGAAACUGCUGUUGUUGAAGAAACCAAGACGACUGAGGUUGCUCAGAAAGAAGAGACAUCUGUGGUCGAGGAAACCAAGACGAUUGAGGUUGCUCAGAAAGAGGAGACUGCUGUGGUCGAGGAAACCAAGACGACCGAGGUUGCUAAGAAAGAAGAGACAUCUGUAGUCGAGGAAACCAAGACGACUGAGGUUGCUCAGAAAGAAGAGACAUCUGUGGUCGAGGAAACCAAGACGACUGAGGUUGCUCAGAAAGAGGAGACUGCUGUGGCCGAGGAAACCAAGACGACGGAGGUUGCUCAGAAAGAAGAGACAUCUGUAGUCGAGGAAACCAAGACGACUGAGGUUGCUCAAAAAGAAGAGACAUCCGUGGUCGAGGAAACAAAAACAACUGAGGUUGCUCAGAAACAGGAGACUGCUGUGGUCGAGGAAACCAAGACAACUGAGGUUGCUCAGAAAGAAGAGACUGCUGUGGUCGAAGAAACCAAGACUACCGAAGUUGCCCAGAAAGAAGAGACAUUUGUAGUUGAGGAAAGCAAGACAACUGAGGUUGCUCUGAAAGAAGAGACUGCUGUGGUGGAGGAAACCAAGGCGACUGAGGUUGCUCAAAAAGAAGAGACUGCUGUGGUCGAGGAAACCAAGACGACUGAGGUUGCUAAGAAAGAAGAGACUGCUGUGGUCGAGGAAACCAAAAUGACUGAGGUUGCUCAGAAAGAAGAAACAUCUGUGGUCGAGGAAACCAAGACGACUGAGGUUGCUCAAAAAGAAGAGACAUCCGUGGUCGAGGAAACGGGGACGACUGAGGUUGCUCAAAAAGAAGAGAAAUCUGUGUUGGAGGAAACCAAGACAACCGAGGUUGCUCAUAAAGAAGAGACUGCUGUGGUCGAGGAAACCAAGACGACUGAGGUUGCUCAAAAAGAAGAGACUGCUGUGGUCGAGGAAACCAAGACGACUGAGGUUGCUAAGAAAGAAGAGACUGCUGUGGUCGAGGAAACCAAGACAACUGAGGUUGCUCAAAAAGAAGAGACUGCUGUGGUCGAGGAAACCAAGACAACUGAGGUUGCUCAUAAAGAAGAGACAUCUGUAGUUGAGGAAACCAAGACGACUGAGGUUGCUCAAAAAGAAGAGACUGCUGUGGUCGAGGAAACCAAGACGACUGAGGUUGCUCAAAAAGAAGAGACUGCUGUGGUCGAGGAAACCAAGACAACUGAGGUUGCUCAGAAAGAAGAGACUGCUGUGGUCGAGGAAACCAAGACGACUGAGGUUGCUCAAAAAGAAGAGACUGCUGUGGUCGAGGAAACCAAGACGACUGAGUUUGCUCAGAAAGAAGAGACUGCUGUGGUCGAGGAAACCAAGACUGAGGUUUCUCAGAAAGACGAGACAUUUGUGGUUGAGGAAGCCAAGACUGAGGUGGCUCAGAAAGAAGAGACAUCUGUGGUCGAGGAAACCAAGACGACUGAGGUUGCUCAAGAGAGAGUUGAAGCAAAGAAAGAAGAAACUGCUACUGAGGUAUCAGUGACACAAGAAAAGACAGAAACCAAGGAGGAGACAACUGUAGUCCUAGAAGCUGCAAAGACUGAGGUUACAAAAGAAGAGAAAGUUGAAGCAAAGAAAGAAGAAACUGCAACCGAGGUAUCAGUGCCACAAGGAAAGACAGAAACCAAGCAGGAGAAAACAGUAGUCGAAGAAGCUGCAAAAUCUGAGGCUACGAAAGAAGAGAACGUUGAAGCCAAGAAAGAAGAAACUGCAACCGAGGUAUCCGUGACGCAAGAAAAGACAGAAACCAAGGAGGAGACAACAGUAGUCGCAGAAGCAGUGAAGACUGAGGUAACAAAGGAAGAGACAGUGGAAGCAAAGAAAGAAGAAACUGCAAUCAAGGUAUCAGUGACGCAAGAAAAGACAGAAACCAAGGAAGAGACAGUGGUUGCAGAAAUCGCGAAGACUGAGGUUACAAAAGAAGAGAAAGUUGAAGCAAAGAAAGAAGAAACUGCUACCGAGGUAUCAGUGACGCAAGAAAAGACAGAAACCAAGGAGGAGACAGUAGUCGCAGAAGCAGCGAAGACUGAAGUUACAAAGGAAGAGACAGUGGAAGCAAAGAAAGAAGAAACUGCGACCGAGGUAACAGUGACGAAAGAAAAGACAGAAACCAAGGCAGAGACAGUAGUCGCAGAAGCAGCAAAGUCUGAAGUUACAAAGGAAGAGAAAAUGCAAGCAAAGAAAGAUGAAACUGUGACCGAGAGCAGUACGUCAGUUGACAUUAAGGCCCAAGAAUUGGACAAGGUAGCUGCGCAUGCCGUGAGCAAAGAACAAGAGUUGACUAAAGCAGAGGUAGCUAAAGAGGAGUUAUCCAUCAAGAAGGAAGAAUCGUCUGUACAUGUGGAAACAAUACAGAAAGCUAUGGUUUUCAAAUCCGAGCCGGUAAAACUUCAGUCAGAGAUGAAAGCAAAGAUGACAGCGAUCACAACAACUAUUUCUAAACAAUCUGUAUUUGCCAGCACCACUAUUACAAUCGUUGUGACAACCUCAAGUGUUCUCAGUGUCCAGACCUCCGUUACUCGGGCCAAGUUCUCAUGCAUAGAGACGGCGACUGAGGCUGGAGCCUGGUGUGCUAAAGUGAACGAUGACAAACAGUUCCUUCUUAUCGACCUGGAGUCAGCUCAGCUGGUCACCGGGAUUGUCACACAGGGGAGGAACUCCAGUCCAGACUGGCCUGGGGGACCCACACAGCAGUGGGUAACGUCGUACAAAAUCUCCUACGGUCUGGAGAAUGGAGAUGAGACGGAGUACAAGGAUACCAAAGGCGAAGUUGUGAUCUUCACAGGCAAUGCUGACACCGAUACACCGGUCACUCAUUCUUUCAAGACCUUCAACGGCACCUUCACGGCACGAUACGUCAAGAUCCACAUGGUCACCUGGCACGAGCACAUCGCCAUGCGGGCUGAAAUGAUCAUCGAGAAAGCCAAGCAGACGUCUACAAGUACAAAGGAGAAGACAUCAACGAGCGCAUCCAGUGGGCUACUCGCAAAAGGAUUCUCCUUCCUAACAUCCAAAGUCAAGACCAAGCUUGUUACAUUUACAUUUGGAGAAACUGCAACAAAGGUGACCACCUCAAAACGCAAGAAAAAGAGCUCGCACAAGAAGAAGGCUACAACUUCAAAGGUCGAAACGUCCAAAUUGCGUGUAACUUCUCAUCACAGUUCAAUGGCUAGCCUAAGUGGCAUGUUUUAAAUGGUUUUUGAGACAACAGAUACGCCUUAGCUAAUGUUAGAGAUAUCAAACUUUAUUAAUUAUUGGUGAGUAGGACAGUCGGUCUAUGCUUUUCCAAGUACAUAGCAACACUAUGAAUGACAGUCACAUUGUUAGCACAUGCAUUGGUCUAGUCAAAGCUAUAUAUGGAAGUGGAACUGUCAUA